GAUCCAUAAAGGUCAGCAUCCGUUCAUUUCGGGGCACGGCUGUGCUGGUAGGUGAAAUCGCACGCUGAUUCAAGCUUCAUUCGUACCUGUGAUAUGCUAUCUGUCCGCCACCAUCACCGCCCACCGCCACCCCUUCAUCUCGCACAAUGUCGCCAUCCCGCAAACCGUACACACACACGCACCCAUCAAACCCCCCUCGCACCCCGGCAACCCCCCUCUCCACUUUUUCCGUUCCACACACAGCACCGACCGCCCUCGCGCUCACGACCUCCCUCCUCUCCACGUCCCUCUCGCGCGCGGACUGCAAGAAACACAUCGCGGUCUUAGCCUCUCCACCCCGCUCGGCGCGCUCGCGUCGUACGCCCUCCUCGCCUGGUUCGACCCUAGCGCGGGGUGGGGCCGCGUCCCGGGCGCCGCCAUGCUCCUCUCGGGCGGGACCUUCCUGUACGUCGCGACGGUGCUCCGGCCCGUUUCGGGCCACGGGCACGCGGAGGACGGGGAUAUCGGGCGGAAGACGAGGAUGCUCUUUACGCUGGUGGGGAUGUUCGUGCCUGUCGCGGUCGGCACUGUUGUCGGGCAUGACCACGGGCACGGUGCGUAGCCUGCGGGUACUGCGUGCGUGCCAAGCGUUGGCAUACUGCGUGCGCGAGCGGUGGCAUAACGCGGAUUUGGCGCUCCGAAGCCCGACAAUCCGUGUUGGACGUUUGGUCCGGGAAAGUGCUUUUCGCGCUCCUUGUGUUGACUUUCCCCCCAUGCAAUAGUCGGCUCAGUGUUCGUCAAGAGGCACGGCGGGCGCUCUCUUUCCAGGAUUGGUUCAACGCACGGACCGCCUGGACCAGUUCCAUGACCGUUGAUGCGUUUAUUCAGACGCGCUGGCCGUCGGCCACUAGAAAUAUCCGGUGAUGG